GUCAGUUCUGAAUUGAAUUUCGAGUCGUUAACUAUAAUAUUGGUGUGAUACGCUGCUACUAGCAAACCCUACUUGUAUUUACUACGUGACAAAAUCACUGAGAAGAGUCACCUCAAGAAUUCAAUAUGUCUCUCAUUCCGUUUAUGUUCGAAGAGCUACCUUUUGUACGUCCCCGCCGACUCAGGGACCAGCAUUUCGGCCUGGGGUUAACACCUGAUGAUCUUUUAACCGCUGUUGCUGCUGGACCUAUGCUUAACGCGGAAUACUACCGCCCAUGGCGUCACGUUCAAGCGGCAGCCAGAGAUCUAGGGUCGAGCAUUAAGACUGAUGCAAAAAAAUUUCAAGUCAACCUCGACGUCCAGCAUUUCGCACCAGAGGAUAUCAACGUUAAAACCGUCGACGGAUACGUUGUGGUGGAGGGGAAACACGAAGAAAAGCAAGACAAGCACGGUCUUAUUUCCCGCCAGUUUGUGAGGAGGUACGCACUGCCGGAGGGCACUUUGCCCGAAACGGUUGAAUCGAAGCUCUCUUCAGAUGGAGUACUGACGAUCACCGCGCCACGGAACGUUCCAGAAUCUGUUAAAGGCGAGAGACAAGUUCCUAUCGCGCAGACUGGGCCGGUGCGGAAGGAAAUUAAAGAUCAACAAGAAGGUACCAAUGGGAAUCCUCAAUAAACAGUGAACUUUUAAGUUUUAAAUAUCCAAAGAUUUGGCAGUGCCAUUUUGAGACUGAUUUUUUUUUUGUGAUACUGUGUAACUUUCAUGUUUAUGUUACGUUAUGCAACUUUAAGUAUUGUAAUUUAAAGUUAUAUGUUUAAUAAAGGUUAUUAAUUCAUACUUAA